CCACAUGGACGUGACUAAUCCUCUGUUCCUUCAGGCCAACACUUUCCCCAAUCAAACUCGUCUUCCACGGCGAGGUUGCGUUAUUGCGCGGCUAGGGUUCGUCUCAUUGCCGCCGCCCUCCUAUCCAUCCCGCCUCCUUGGAGGCAUCCCUUGGAUUCAUCGACCAACUGAUCGAUCAAGUCGACGAUGGCGCUGUCCUCGGCGGCACACAAGAUCCCGCUGGAGGUCGCGCACACCCUCGUAGAGAUCGCCGAGGUCGCGCGCUACGCCUACCACCACCGUCCAGGCUAUCAUGUGGCCCAAGACGGAGAUCUGAUCACGCCGCCCCCGGAAGCUGAUGGCGGCGGGGGCGCCGGUGAGGAGGCCGCACGGCUAAGGGAGGAGAACGCCAUGCUCCGCGCCCGAAUCGCCGACGACCUGGCGCUCCUCCGCGAGCUGCACGGCGCACCCUGCGUCUCCAAGGAGUGCCCUCCUGAUCUGUACAAUCGGCUGAUGGCAGCGGUCAACAAUGCUAGCUUCCUUGCUCAUCUUGAAAAAUUACAGGAUGAGUCAGCAUGUCAACAUGCUGAAUUAUCAUCUGACAAUAUGACAGAGGUGGAAAUUGGUGACAUUCCAGACAAAAUGGGUAAUGGGAAGAAAGGAUCAUGGGUCUUGGUUGCUAGUGAUACUGCAGGGGCUAUUUUGGAGGAAAUUAGUGGGAUUGAUGAUGAAAAUUAUGUUAUGAUCAAUGAAGAUGACAUCGUUGAUAGUAUUGCCACCUUUGUUGCUAGGUGCAUUAUUGAAGAUCCAAUGUCCAAGUCAUUAUCGCCAACGCAGCUCCAAAAGGCUGUUGCAAAGGCAUUAGAUAGCAUGAAAGCUCGGUGGAGAUGGUCAACCUUUUGGGAGGCUGCGCAAGUUAUUUAUAUCUUGGCUACUUGGGGAAUCACAAUAGCAGGGUUGUACAAGAGCCGUCAUGUCCUGAAGGUUGCAGCGAAGGGUGCUGCUGCGUCUGCCAGAUUCGUUAUGAAGGCACUGUGAGUGCAAAAGCACAAGUAUCAUGUAAAAUGGAAUGAUCAGCAAGUUGUAAAAUGUAAAUACAAAUUCGUUGUGUUAGUUGUACAUAUGUGAUUGCAACAUAUUCUAUCAUGAAUUGAUUCCAGCCUGAUGAAUUGUUUCACUUAUCUUCUUUUUA